AUGAGGUUGCAGACGGAGACGGAGAGAGAGGCGGCGGCGUCGGUGCAGGCCGGUGCAACUUCCCUAUUCCUGGCGGGGAGGACGUGGGCGAGGACGGGGUUGAGGAGUCUCCGCGUCUUCGUCCCCGACUGCGACUCCGCGGAGGAGGAGACGGUGGCGGCAAUGGCAGAGACGGAGGAGGUCCUCCGUGUGGCCAUCUCGAUGGAAAGCAGCACCAGAGGAGUCGUAGAGAGAGAAGAGUCCCCGGAGACGAAGAAGAUGAAGAUGGCGGAGCGGCGAGCGGCGGCGACGGCGGAGGAGGAGAAGGUUCUCUGUUUGGCCAUUUCCAGGGAGAGCAGCCGGAGAGGAGUUGCAGAGAAAGAAGGGUCGCCGGAGACGAAGAAGAGGAAGCCGGCGUCGCCAACGGGGAGGGAGCACAAGUGCAACGAGUGCGGGAGGAGUUUUACGACGGGGCAGGCUCUCGGAGGCCACAAGAGGAAGCACUGGAAGGGCCUCCCCGCUGGUGUGAGAUCGCUGGAGUUGGAUCUGAACUCGCCGCCGCCGGCGCGAGAGGAGGAAGAAGGCCCCAUUCCCUUCUUCAGGUUCCUCUGA